AAGCCUUGUGUCUUGAUUUCUUUCACUAAACUCAUAUAAUCACAUACCUCUCCAAGUUCAUCAAGCCACGAGCAAUUGGCAAAUAAUACGUUAUACGUGAUGAAUAUAAAAAUAAUAUAAACGCACGCAUACAAGAACUGAAGAAUGAACAGACCCGGAGAUUGGAACUGCAGGUCAUGCAACCACCUCAACUUCCAGCGCCGUGACUCUUGCCAGCGAUGCGGUGACUCUCGUUCCGGCCCUGGUGGAGUCGGUGGCUUAGACUUCGGUGGUUUCGGCGGCAGAGCCAUGUCUGCUUUCGGAUUUACCACCGGCUCCGACGUUCGUCCCGGUGAUUGGUACUGCACCGUUGGAAACUGCGGGACACACAAUUUCGCUAGUCGCUCCACUUGCUUCAAAUGCGGCACUUUCAAGGACGAGACAGGCGCUGGAGGCGGAGGCGGUGGCAUCGGCGGUCCGGCCAUGUUUGACGCCGACGUUAUGCGGUCUAGAGUCCCCAGUAACGGUGGUCGCUCUAGCUGGAAAUCCGGCGACUGGAUUUGCACUAGGAUUGGUUGCAAUGAGCAUAAUUUUGCAAGCAGAAUAGAAUGCUUCAGAUGCAAUGCACCAAGGGACUUCAGCAACAGAACCUCUUUCUAAGUUAUACAAAAUGCUUUUGAAGUUGCCUUGUGUCCAAUUUCUUAGCACCGUUUGGAUCAAUGGAAAGGAGAAGCAGGAGCAAAAGAGAAUUAAAAGAUGAUAAUUUUGUUAGAUGUUGCAAUGAGAUCCAAUAUUGUAACUUUAGCUGUCGUGCUUUUGGAUGUAUUAUCCAUUUUUAUUAUAUUUCUUUUCUUUUCUUUUCCUUAAUUCGUAAUUUUUCUUUUGCAGUUUCUUUUUAAGAGUUUUAUUAUUCUAAUCAUUGUACGCUGCAUGUCUUUCUUAAAAGAAGAUUCUCUUCUCAAUUUCAUCGCUUUAUACAUGAGUUGCUACUUUUUUUUU